AUGCGUCCGCUCCACGACUGCAUGACGGCAAGCGCCACGAAAAAUAGAGCUGCAUCAGAAGCAUUCGUGGUGACCGACGGAGUGAAGCAGGACUGCGUCCUCGUGCCUACCUUCUUCAGUCUCAUGUUCUCUGUCAUGAUGAUGGAUGCCUACCGCGACGAACGGCCUGGGGUCCGCAUCGCUUACAGGACGGACGACAAAGUUCCUCAACCACCGACGGAUGCACUUCUAGUCGCGUGUAUCCGCAACUUCCGUUCAUGAACUUCCCUUUGCCGACGACUGUGACCUCAACACCACGUCAAAAGGGGACAUGCAAAGGAUCAUGGAUCUCUUCGCCGCCGCCUGCGAGGACUUCCGCCUGAUCAUCAACACGGAGAAGACGAUGGUUAUGCAUCAACCACCACCUAACGUUGCCAACGUGGCACCUCAUAUCCGCGUGAACGGCGCCCAGCUGCAAAUGGUGGACAACUUCAGAUAUCUGGGCAGCACACUCUCCUGCAACAAUAAAGUCGACGAUGAAGUGGCCCGCCGGAUUUCCAAGGUCAUUCAAGCCUUUGGCCGACUGCAGAACACCGUCUGGAUUCGUCACGGUCUCCACCUCAACAACAAGCUGAAGAUGGGCAAGACAGUCAUCAUACCGACGCUGCUGUACGGAACGAAGACCUGA